GAGAAAGUAAGUGCAUAAAAGCAGCCUCGUUUCUCUAUGGCACGCGCAGUCAGUGCUCUAUGCUCUUAAUCUUCUUCACUCGUGUUUGUGGUGCUGUUAAAAACUAAAUUGAUGGAGGAUUAUCACAAACCAGACCAGCAGACCGUGCAGGCGCUGAAGAACAUCGCCAACCGUCUGCGGAUCAACUCCAUCAAAGCCACGACUGCGGCAGGCGCCGGGCAUCCAACUUCAUGCUGCAGCGUGGCAGAGGUGAUGUCUGUUCUUUUCUUCCAUACAAUGAAAUACAGGCCAGAUGACCCUAAAAACCCCAACAAUGACCGAUUCAUCCUGUCCAAGGGUCACGCGGCCCCUGUCCUCUACUCUGUAUGGCUGGAGAUCGGCUUUCUGAAAGAGUCUGAUCUCAUGAGCAUGUGUCAGGUGGAUUCCACGCUGGAGGGACAUCCCACACCCAAGCAGCAGUUUGUGGAUGUGGCCACAGGCUCUCUGGGACAGGGUUUGGGUGUAGCUUGUGGUAUGGCCUACACAGCAAAAUAUUUUGACAAGUCCAGUUAUCGUGUGUACUGUCUGCUGGGGGAUGGUGAGAUGUCUGAAGGGGCUGUAUGGGAGGCAAUGGCCUUCGCCUCAUACUACCAGCUGGAUAACCUGUUGGCCAUACUGGAUAUCAACCGUCUGGGCCAGAGUGACCCAACACCACUCCAACAUCAUGUGGAGAAGUACCAGAGACGUUGUGAAGCCUUUGGGUGGCAUGCUAUCAUUGUGGACGGUCAUAGUGUUGAAGAGCUCUGUAAAGCCUUAAGCCAGGCACGCCACCAACCCACUGCCAUCAUUGCCAAGACUAUAAAGGGAAAAGGGAUACCUGCGGCAGAAGAUAAGAUGGGAUGGCACGGCAAGGUUCUGUCAAAGGAUAUGGCGGAGAGCGUCAUGAGAGACCUCCAGGGUCGCAUCCUUAGCUGUAGUAAGCGAUUGUAUCCGGCUUCACCCAUCGAGGAUGCUCCACCUGUCAGUCUGCGCAACGUUCGCAUGCCCAGCGCUCCUAACUAUAAACCUGGGGAGAAGAUUGCCACCUGUAAGGCGUAUGGAAUGGCAAUUGCCAAACUGGGACGUUACAAUGAGCGACUGGUGGCGAUGGACGUCGACAACAAAAACGUCACCUACUCUGAAAUCUUUAAAAACGAACAUCCCAACCGCUUCAUCGAGUGCUAUAGCGCAGAGCAAAACAUGAUCAGUGUUGCUACAGGCUGUGGCGCAUGUGAACGAAACAUUGUGUUCGCCAGCAGCUUGGCAACCUUCUUCACCCGCGCAUACGACCAGGUCCGCAUGGCUGCCAUUUCUGAGAGCAAUAUAAACCUAUGUGGUUCCCACUGCGGCCUGUCAUCUGGAGAACAUGGACCAGCUUAUAUGGGUCUGGAGGACAUGGCUAUUUUUAGAGCCAUCCCUACUGCCACCAUCUUUUACCCCAGUGAUGGUGUGUCUACCGAAAAGGCUGUGGAGCUUGCAGCCAACACAAAGGGAAUUUGUUACAUCCGGACCACUCGUCCAGAAACAGCGAUCAUUUACAACACCAAUGAAGACUUUCAUGUUGGCCAGCUAAAGGUGGUGUACCAGAGUAAGGAAGAUCAGGUUACAGUGAUUGGAGCAGGGAUGAGUCUUCAUGAAGCUCUGGCUGCAGCUGAGCAACUCAAAAAAGAAAGGAUCCACAUCAGAGUGAUCGAUCCAUUCACAGUCAAACCUCUAGAUGCCAAAACCAUCAUCAAUCAUGUGCGUGCCACCAAAGGUCGUGUCAUCACGGUGGAGGAUCACUAUUACGAGGGUGGUUUAGGGGAGGCGGUUUGCUCUGCUAUCGUAAAUGAGCCCAACUUUACUUUGCAGCAUCUGGCUGUCGCUCAUGUUCCCCGCAGUGGAAAAAUGUCCGACCUGCUGAAAAUCCACGGCAUUGACCGCAACUCCAUCGCACAGACGGUCAAGAAAAUGAUCAGCAGCUCGGCCAAUGCCAAAUAAACCUGUUCACUUUUCUAAAAGAUAUAGCCCAAACCCUUAUUCACUUUUAGUGACCCAUCUAUGAAUAUAUUAGCAAUAAGAAAUAAUUGGUGUCAGUUUUUAAAUGCAGUUCAUUCAUUUUGUUUAUAUUCUAGAGUUAAUACACCCUCUGUCACUACCAAACUCAAUGGUCAUUACCGCAAAGCUGCCAAUACUUUAUCACCAAAAAGUAUCAAUAUGUGAUGCUCAUGUUUUAAAAGUGCAAUUUGAUAAGAUCCAACAAAACUGUUUGUGACAUAUUUUAAUGUUUUUAUAUUAUCAUUGUGUAUCUAUGAAGAUGAGGGGAGGUGGAUUUUAUUGAUACACAGAGUUUAGACUUAACAUAUAUAAAAGAUAAUGUAACAAGAAU